UACAACUGCUCCUCCCUGCUAUGCCUAUAUGUUGAAUGGAAGGAAAGGGAAAGAAGGAGAGCAGGAGGGUGCGGUGUAGCGUGGCGGGGGCAGGUACCACGUGCAGGGUCUCAUUAAAAGCCGUUAAAUCUUGAAGGCCCACCUCUCUAACUCAAACCUAACACUCUGCAAUUCCCAUUAAACUAGUUCAACACACUCGCAAGCAUUUCAAGAUUGUGAAUGUACGCCGAAACGCAUCUCUCCAACCAUAACAUUCAACAUUCUUUUGGGUUCUGCUUGAUUUUUUUUUUCUUGCACUCUUUGCAUCUAGAUUCCAACUAAUGUUUUCUUGCCCUUAAACCCAAUUCAGUUCAAUUUGAUACCACCUUCCAAUAUUUCGGUUCGCCUCCAGCAUGUUGGAAGCGCAAAGGAGACCACCAGUGCCUGUGGGUGUUGCUCAUGGCAAUGGUUACAUAAAUGGAUUGGUCUCAACUAGGAGCCCUGCUACAAUAUCUGAAGUGGAUGAAUUCUGCUAUGCUCUUGGAGGGAAGAGGCCAAUCCAUAGUAUUUUAAUUUCAAACAAUGGAAUGGCAGCUGUCAAGUUUAUACGUAGUAUUAGGACAUGGGCUUAUGAAACAUUUGGCACUGAGAAGGCAAUCUUGUUGGUGGCCAUGGCAACUCCAGAAGACAUGAGAAUCAAUGCUGAGCAUAUUAGAAUUGCUGAUCAGUUUGUGGAAGUUCCUGGUGGGACAAAUAAUAACAACUAUGCCAAUGUGCAGCUCAUCGUAGAGAUGGCAGAGAUAACUCGUGUUGAUGCAGUUUGGCCUGGUUGGGGCCAUGCAUCUGAGAAUCCUGAACUGCCAGAUGCACUGAAUGCUAAGGGGAUUUUAUUUCUCGGGCCACCAGCUAUUUCAAUGGCAGCACUAGGCGAUAAAAUUGGCUCAUCUUUGAUUGCUCAAGCAGCAGAUGUCCCUACUCUUCCAUGGAGUGGUUCUCAUGUGAGAAUUCCUUCAGAAAGUUGUUUGAUUACCAUACCAGAUGAGAUAUACAGGGAAGCAUGUGUAUAUACAACAGAGGAAGCAAUUGCAAGCUGUCAAGUUGUUGGUUACCCUGCAAUGAUCAAGGCAUCGUGGGGUGGUGGCGGUAAAGGCAUAAGAAAGGUUCAUAAUGAUGAUGAAGUAAGGGCAUUGUUCAAGCAAGUUCAGGGUGAAGUUCCAGGAUCACCCAUAUUUAUAAUGAAGGUUGCUUCCCAGAGUCGGCAUUUAGAAGUCCAGUUACUGUGCGAUCAGUAUGGAAAUGUAGCAGCUUUGCAUAGCCGUGAUUGCAGUGUUCAGAGGCGGCACCAAAAGAUAAUUGAGGAGGGUCCAAUUACUGUUGCGCCAUUGGAUACUGUCAAAAAGCUAGAGCAAGCAGCUCGAAGGUUAGCAAAAUGUGUGAAUUAUGUUGGAGCAGCUACCGUUGAGUAUUUGUACAGUAUGGACACUGGAGAGUAUUACUUCUUGGAGCUCAAUCCUCGGUUGCAGGUGGAGCACCCUGUCACUGAGUGGAUUGCUGAAAUAAAUUUGCCAGCAGCCCAGGUAGCUGUUGGGAUGGGAAUUCCUCUCUGGCAUAUUCCUGAGAUAAGGCGAUUUUAUGGAAUGGAACAUGGUGGAGGAUAUGAUGCAUGGAGGAAAACUUCAGUGGUUGCUACCCCUUUCGAUUUUGACCGGGCAGAGUCUACAAGGCCAAAAGGUCAUUGUGUCGCUGUGCGUGUAACAAGUGAGGAUCCAGAUGAUGGUUUUAAGCCUACAAGUGGAAAAGUACAGGAGCUAAGUUUCAAAAGCAAGCCAAAUGUGUGGGCUUACUUCUCUGUUAAGUCUGGUGGAGGCAUUCAUGAAUUCUCAGAUUCUCAAUUUGGACAUGUUUUUGCAUUUGGGGAGUCAAGAGCUUUGGCUAUAGCAAAUAUGGUCCUUGGGCUGAAAGAAAUUCAAAUUCGAGGAGAGAUUCAUACUAAUGUUGACUACUCAGUUGACCUUCUACACGCUUCAGAUUAUAGGGACAACAAAAUCCACACAGGUUGGUUGGACAGUAGAAUUGCAAUGCGGGUUAGAGCAGAAAGGCCCCCUUGGUACCUCUCUGUUGUUGGAGGGGCUCUGUAUAAAGCAUCUGCUAGCAGUGCAGCGAUGGUUUCAGAUUAUGUUGGUUACCUUGAAAAGGGACAAAUCCCUCCCAAGCACAUAUCACUUGUAAACUCUCAAGUUUCGUUGAACAUUGAAGGAAGUAAAUACAUGAUUGAGAUGGUUAGAGGGGGCCCAGGAAGCUAUAGAUUGAAGAUGAAUAAGUCAGAGAUUGAAGCAGAGAUACAUACUUUACGUGAUGGAGGUUUACUGAUGCAGUUGGCUGGAAACAGCCAUGUGAUAUAUGCGGAGGAAGAAGCAGCUGGAACUCGCCUUCUUAUUGAUGGAAGGACUUGCUUGCUACAAAAUGAUCAUGAUCCAUCGAAGUUAGUGGCAGAGACGCCAUGCAAGCUGCUGAGGUAUUUGGUUUCAGAUGGUAGUCAUAUUGAAGCUGAUAAUCCUUAUGCGGAGGUUGAAGUUAUGAAGAUGUGCAUGCCUCUUCUAUCACCGGCUUCUGGAGUAAUUCAAUUUAAAUUGUCCGAAGGUCAAGCAAUGCAGGCUGGUGAGCUUAUAGCACGGCUUGAUCUCGAUGACCCUUCAGCUGUACGAAAGGCUGAACUGUUUCAUGGGAGCUUCCCAGUACUGGGACCUCCAACUGCUAUUUCUGGUAAAGUUCAUCAGAAAUGUGCUGCAAGUCUAAAUGCAGCUCGCAUGAUUCUUGCAGGCUAUGACCAUAAUAUUGACGAAGUUGUACAAAACUUGCUCAAUUGUCUUGAUAGUCCUGAACUUCCUUUCCUUCAAUGGCAAGAAUGCUUGUCUGUUUUGGCUACUCGCCUUCCCAGAGAUCUUAGAAAUGAGUUGGAAUCAAAAUAUAGGGAGUUUGAGGGGAUUUCAAGCUCUCAAAACACAGACUUUCCUGCCAAAUUGUUAAGGAGUGUUCUUGAGGCCCAUUUAUCCUCCUAUCCUGAAAAGGAAAAAGGAACCCAGGAAAGGCUUGUUGAACCUUUGAUGAGUCUUGUAAAGUCUUAUGAGGGAGGAAGGGAGAGUCAUGCCCGUGUCAUUGUUCAGUCACUUUUUGAAGAGUAUUUAUCAGUUGAAGAAUUGUUCAGUGACAACAUCCAGGCUGAUGUGAUUGAACGUCUUAGACUUCAAUACGAGAAAGAUCUAUUGAAGGUUGUGGACAUUGUCCUUUCUCAUCAGGGUGUCAGGAGCAAAAAUAAGUUGAUACUACGGCUCAUGGAACAACUGGUUUAUCCUAAUCCUGCUGCAUACAGGGAUAAACUAAUCCGGUUCUCUCAACUUAACCAUAUAAAUUAUUCUGAGUUGGCACUGAAGGCAAGUCAACUGUUGGAACAAACGAAACUGAGUGAACUUCGUUCUACCAUUGCUAGAACCCUUUCUGAAUUGGAGAUGUUUACGGAGGAUGGUGAAAAUAUGGAUACUCCCAAGAGGAGAAGUGCCAUUAAUGAACGAAUGGAGGACCUUGUGAGUGCUCCUUUGGCUGUUGAAGAUGCCCUCGUGGGUCUGUUUGAUCACAGCGAUCACACCCUUCAAAGGCGGGUAAUGGAAACUUAUGUUCGAAGGUUAUAUCAGCCCUAUCUUGUAAAGGAGAGUGUAAGGAUGCAGUGGCAUAGAUCUGGUCUUAUUGCUUCAUGGGAGUUCCUGGAAGAGCAUAUUGGGAGAAAGAAUGGCUCUGAAGAAAUGUCAGAUGAAUCAGUGGUGGAGAAACACUGCAACAGGAAAUGGGGAGCCAUGGUUAUCAUCAAAUCUCUGCAAUUUUUGCCCACAAUUAUUAGUGCUGCAUUAAGGGAAACAACUCAUACCCACCAUGAAGCCAUUCCAAAUGGAUCUUUAGAACCAGCUAACUUCGGUAAUAUGAUGCAUAUUGCAUUAGUGGGCAUCAACAACCAGAUGAGUCUGCUUCAGGAUAGUGGUGAUGAGGAUCAGGCUCAAGAAAGAAUAAACAAAUUAGCCAAAAUUCUUAAAGAGCAAGAAGUAGGCUCCAAUUUACGCACAGCAGGUGUUGGGGUUAUUAGUUGCAUCAUACAAAGGGACGAAGGGAGAGCACCUAUGAGGCACUCCUUUCACUGGUCAUCAGAAAAGCUCUAUUAUGAGGAAGAACCUCUAUUGCGACAUCUAGAACCUCCACUAUCCAUCUACCUUGAAUUGGACAAACUUAAAGGUUAUGGCAAUAUACAAUAUACUCCAUCACGGGACAGACAAUGGCACUUGUACACUGUUGUAGACAAGCCAGUGCCAAUCCAGAGGAUGUUUCUUAGAACCCUUGUUAGGCAGCCCACAACAAAUGAAGGGUUUACUGCAUAUCAAGGGCUGGCCACAGAAGCACCCCAUGCACAGUGGGCUAUGUCCUUUACGUCAAGGAGCAUUUUGAGGUCCUUAGUGGCUGCAAUGGAGGAGUUGGAGCUUAAUGUGCACAAUGCUACUGUCAAAUCUGAGCAUGCUCAUAUGUACCUCUGUAUCCUACGGGAACAACAAAUAGAUGACCUUGUGCCAUACCCAAAGAGAGUUGAUAUUGAUGCUGGCCAGGAAGAAGCUGCAGUAAAUAGAAUCUUGGAAGAACUGGCUAGGGAAAUGCAUGCAUCAGUUGGUGUAAGAAUGCACAGGUUAAAUGUUUGUGAGUGGGAAGUGAAGCUCUGGAUGUCAUCAUCUGGACAAGCAAAUGGUGCUUGGAGAGUUGUCAUCACAAAUGUAACUGGUCACACCUGUGCUGUACAUAUAUACCGGGAACUAGAGGAUACCUGCAAACGAGGAGUGGUGUACCAUUCGAUCUCUGUACAUGGUCCUCUGCAUGGUGUAAUGGUAAAUGCAGUCUAUCAGCCCUUAGGAGUUCUUGAUCGGAAACGUUUGUUGGCAAGGAGAAGCAACACCACUUAUUGCUAUGAUUUUCCAUUGGCAUUUGAGACAGCCUUGGAACAAAUAUGGGCAUCCCAGUCAACAGGAAUUGGAAAACCUAAGGAUAAUGUUCUUCUCAAAGUAACGGAGCUUGUAUUUGCCGAUCAGAAAGGUAGCCAUGGUACCCCUCUUGUGCCCGUGGAGCGCCCAGCUGGACUCAAUGAUAUUGGCAUGGUAGCAUGGAGCAUGGAAAUGUCUAGCCCCGAGUUCCCUUCUGGAAGGACAAUUUUGAUUGUAGCAAAUGAUGUGACCUUCAAAGCUGGGUCUUUUGGCCCAAGAGAGGAUGCAUUUUUCUUUGCGGUAACUGAUCUUGCUUGCAGUAAAAAGCUACCAUUAAUUUAUCUGGCUGCAAAUUCUGGUGCCCGAAUUGGAGUUGCUGAGGAAGUUAAAUCCUGCUUUAAAGUUGGUUGGUCAGAUGAAUUAUGCCCGGAGCGUGGUUUUCAAUAUGUAUAUUUGAGCCCUGAGGAUUACACUAACAUUGCAUCAUCUGUGAUAGCACAUGAGUUGAAGCUGCCUGGUGGAGAAAGCCGAUGGGUGAUAGAAGCCAUUGUUGGCAAGGAGGAUGGCCUGGGGGUAGAGAACUUAUCUGGAAGUGGGGCCAUUGCGAGUGCAUAUUCUAGGGCAUACAAGGAAACCUUUACAUUAACAUAUGUGACUGGUAGAACAGUGGGAAUUGGUGCUUAUUUAGCUCGGCUUGGGAUGCGGUGCAUACAGAGGCUUGAUCAGCCCAUUAUUUUGACUGGUUUCUCUGCAUUGAACAAACUCCUUGGCCGUGAGGUCUACAGCUCUCACAUGCAACUUGGUGGACCUAAAAUAAUGGCUACCAAUGGAGUAGUGCAUCUUACUGUCUCAGAUGAUCUAGAAGGCGUUUCUGCUAUUUUGAAGUGGCUAAGUUGUAUUCCUCCUUGUAUUGGUGGAACACUUCCAAUUCUAAGCCCUUCAGAUCCUACUGAAAGGCCUGUGGAGUACUUCCCAGAAAACUCGUGUGAUCCUCGUGCUGCUAUUUGUGGUGCUUCGGACAGCAGUGGUAAGUGGCUUGGGGGUAUUUUUGACAGGGAUAGUUUUAUUGAGACUUUGGAAGGUUGGGCAAGGACAGUUGUGACAGGAAGGGCAAAGCUUGGAGGAAUCCCUGUUGGAAUAAUUGCUGUUGAAACACAAACUGUAAUGCAAGUGAUUCCUGCUGACCCAGGACAGCUUGAUUCUCAUGAGAGGGUUGUCCCCCAGGCUGGACAAGUAUGGUUUCCAGAUUCUGCAACCAAAACAGCUCAAGCAAUAUUGGAUUUCAACAGAGAAGAGCUUCCACUUUUCAUUCUUGCAAACUGGAGAGGCUUUUCGGGUGGACAGAGGGAUCUUUUUGAAGGUAUCCUUCAGGCAGGUUCGACCAUAGUUGAGAACCUUAGGACAUACAAGCAACCUGUUUUUGUGUACAUCCCCAUGAUGGGUGAGCUUCGAGGUGGGGCAUGGGUUGUUGUGGACAGUCAGAUCAAUUCAGACCACAUUGAAAUGUAUGCUGAUCGAACAGCAAAAGGUAAUGUCCUUGAGCCUGAAGGAAUAAUUGAGAUCAAGUUCAGAACAAAGGAGCUGCUUGAGUGCAUGGGUCGGCUUGACCAACAGCUGAUUGCCAUGAAGGCAAAACUUCAGGAAGCCAGGAAUAGCAGAAAUUCUGGAAUGGUUGAAUCUGUGCAACAACAGAUAAAAUCUCGUGAAAAGCAACUUUUACCAGUGUACACUCAGAUAGCCACCAGAUUUGCAGAGCUUCAUGAUUCUUCCCUAAGGAUGGCUGCAAAAGGGGUGAUCAGAGAAGUUGUGGACUGGGAAAGAUCCCGUGGUUACUUUUACAAAAGGUUGUGUAGGAGAAUUGCUGAGGUUUCACUGAUCAAGACUCUGAAAGAUGCAGCUGGUGACCAGCUGUCACACAAAACUGCAAUGGACUUGAUCAAAAAGUGGUUCUUGGAUUCAGAUAUUGCAAGAGCCGGGGAAGAUGCUUGGGGGAAUGAUGAAGCUUUCUUUGCAUGGAAGUAUGAUCCUAGGAAUUAUGAGGAAAAGCUACAAGAGUUAAGGGUCCAGAAGGUAUUGCUUCAAUUAACAAGCAUUGUCGAAUCAAUGUCAGAUUUGAAAGCUCUACCUCAAGGUCUUGCUGCCCUUCUAAGAAAGGUGGAUCCAUCAACCCAAGGGCAAUUGAUUAAUGAGCUUCGUAAGGUGCUUGAUUGAUUCAUGGUAUGCCCUUUAAAAGUAAAUAUGGUUCUGCACCCACAGUGUGCUCAUCUUUUGGCUUUAGUUACUUUCAACUGAAAGAAAUAUAGCUACAUCUCCAGUGCCAUUUGCCUACCCUGUGCAGCUGUAUUUUAUAAACCAAGAGGAACCCUCACUUGUAAAUUGGAGGAUCUCACAUGUCAGUUUUGUCACUUCACGAAGUGUAAAUGUUGCUAUUAUCUUUGGGUGCACUGGUAGUAGAUUUAUGUUGUUAAGAGGGGAAGUUGGCGAUCAUCGGAAGCCUAUGCCCUCCAUGGCUGUUCCGUAGCUUGUUAGUGAUUAUUUUUGUAAUAAUCUGUGAGGUGUACUAAUUAUUAUAAUUUAUAUAUAUGAAUAAAAAUCCAUUAGUGCUCCA